AUGUGGCUCAACAGUCGCGAUCUCUCGGCGGACGACGACGGCGCCAGCACGCGCGAUGGCGUGUGGGGCUUCGCCGCGUCCAACCAGUCGGCGGCGUCGCACGGCACCAUCGGCGCCUCGGGCUCGCGCGCGCUCUGGAACCGCAUGGAGCCGGCCGAGGAGGAGCGAGAGGAGGAAGCCCUACCGUCCUACCUGUCCUACCUGCAGCCGGCGUUCCGUCCGGCGCCUGCGACGCCCACUACGUUGGCUCCGAGUGCGUCUCAGCAGCCCCCAGCGUUCUACACGGCCAAGCGCGCCGCCCCGGGGCUGCCCACGCCCCCCACGCCAAUGCCGCAGCCAGUGCGAGUCACCCCCGAGGUGGGGAACGUCGCGCGCAAGAGCUCGGAGCUCGCGCAGGCGCUGGAGCACCUGGUGCUUGGCUCGGUGCAGCGACACUUGGGGGACGCCACGCCCGACAAGACUCAGGUCAGAUGCAGGUGCGCGUGCGACUCCAUGCGGGCGCAGAUGAACGAGAUGGUUCUGCAGAUGCAGUCGCUGCAGAACCAGGUGCUGGAGCUGACCAAGAACUCGAUCCCCACGGCCAUCGAGGUCGGACGCGUGAACGUCAAGGCCAGCUCGCCUAGCAACGGCAACUGGAGCGCCAACGCGGCGCCUUUUGUGCCCAAACAGCAGCAGCAUUACAAGCAGCAGACGCAGCCCCCUCCUCCCCCGCCUCCGCCUGCUUCGGCAGUGGACCAAGCCACGGCGACGGUGCUGAGUGACCGCAUUUCGACGCUGGAGGGACGACAGAGCGCGUUCCAGUCGCAGCUCGCGCAGAUCGCCAAGGUGUUGGGCAUUCCCACGGGUAAGCCUGGUAAGCACAGCCCUGUGAAACAUUUGGUGCAGACGCUGCGCGACGAAGUGGACGCCAAGGUGCAGCAGGCGACGGCGGAGGCGCGCACGGACCUGACGGCGGAGAUCAACGCGGCGCUGGGAGGCAUUGUAGCGGGCAAGCCGGCAGGUGGCGACUCGCAGGACGCGCUGUCUUCCAAUGCUGUGCUGGCGGCGCUGGCGGGUGAGCACGAGGCUUCGUUGGCGCGGUUGAGCGGGUCUUUCGAGGAGCUGCUGGCGGAGGAAGCCCGCCAGCGUGCGGCGCUUGAGGCGCGUGUGCGCUCGCAGCUUGCUCAACAGGAGGAGUGGUUGCAGCAGUUGGAGGGGGCGUUUGGGUCUCCUCAUGACCCGGAGCACGAGCAGGAACCUCGUAGCAAAGACCCCAACUCGCAGCGCAGCGUGGACGCGAAGCUGGCACAACUCGAACGCAAGUGCGACGAGAGCCGCGAACUCUGUCGACGUCUGUCGAGGUUACUACCCGAAGCAGCCAAUUCACGGCUUCGGAUGCGGCAAGGCUACGAAGAGGAGGACGAAGAGGACGGACAGAGCUGGCCAGGACACUUGGUAGGCAGGGAUAGGUACGACUCGAGCAAAUGACACACUGUAUUCUGCAUUG